AUGGAUGAAAAUCCAGACCUUAUCUUAUCAAUAAACAGUUACCCUUCAAGACAGGGUAAGAGUAAAUACAAAGUGAGAGGGUUACGUAAGCAUUUGGGAAGCACCAACAACGCACUCCCGUGCACCAAUAAACAGGUGUCUACAGCAUUCAAUACUCAUCCUUUCGAUUACACAUCUAAUUUAGAACUUGGUGAAAGCCUUGGCCUUGGCCUUGGAAGAAGCAACCUUCACAACGUUGAAUCUCACAGUCUUGGAGAUUGGUCUACAUUGACCAACAGUAACAAUGUCACCCUCCUGGACUCUGAAAGCUGGAGAAACGUGAGCAGCGAGGUUCUUGUGUCUCUUCUCGUAUCUGUUGUAUUUUGGAAUGUAGUGCAAGUAGUCUCUUCUGAUGAUGAUGGUUCUGUGCAUUUUGGUGGACACAACAGUUCCGGUCAGGAUUCUACCUCUGAUAGAGACGGUACCGGUGAAUGGACACUUCUUGUCAAUGUAAGUACCCUCGAUGGCGGCCUUAGGAGUCUUGAAUCCCAAUCCGACGUCCUUGUACCAUCUCUUGGUUCUUCUAGAGGCCUUAGCCUUUGGGUUGGUGAAGAUGUGUGGUUGCUAAAUGUUAGAACGUUGAACUAA